UUUUGUGAAAAUUAACAUCCAAUAACAUACACACACACACACACACACACACACACACAUAAAAAAACGUGUCGAUGGCUGUACCACAUCCAAUACCACCUCCAAAUUUAGAACAUUAUGAUUUACAUAGAAUUCCACCACCACUUCCAUCAUCAUCAUCAUCAUCAUCACAAUUACCACCGUCAACAACAAUAAAUUCAUAUCCAUCACAUCAUACAUUACCACCACAUCAAUCUGGUGCCAUGAAUUAUCCACCACCUCCAGGAACUAAUAAUCAUUAUAGUGGUAUGAUGAAAAUUCCACCAACACAUCAAUCUUAUCCACCGCCGCCACCACCACCACCGCAUCCAAAUGAUUAUGGAACAACGGCACAUUAUUAUGCUACUGGUUAUGGUCAGCCACCAGUACCACCGAUUCAACCAUCUCAUCAUGAUCCACAACAUCAACAAACACCUCCACCGGGUUUAAUGCAUGAUCAAAGUCGUACAUCAAAUGCUCAAGAUACGAAACCACCACCACCUCCACAAACUAAUCAAUCGAAUGAUCGUCGUACACCCGGAAUGAUGAUGAUGCAACCACAUUAUGGUCAUGUAUAUCCGGGUACACCUCCUAUGUAUCCACCACCAUCGCAGAUGAAUUCAAUACCACCACCACCAUAUAUGACCGGACCUCCUGCUCCUCCACCUUCUUCAUCGCAACAAUUACCGAAUCAUCAUUUUGGCCAUCAUCAACCAUCAUCACCAUCAUAUGAAAUGGCUAAAAAAAUGCGUAUGAAUGAACCACCACCACCAACAACGACCGUUACCAGUGGUGAUCCAACAUUAGUUGAUGGUAGUGCAUUUCAUCCUCAUCAUCCACAUUCACAUCCACAUCAUCAACAAUUAUCACAUCAAGUGCCUUCGGGAUCUCGACAACCACCACCACCACCACCUUCGGCUCCACAACAUUAUAAUGGCAACCCUCAACAAAUUGCUCAUAGUCAAAUGUCAAUUGCUCAACAACAGACUGUUCCAACAGCCAGCGGCAUAAUGAGAUCAAUGACAACAACGGAUCCACAAUCAUCAUGGGAUAUUGCAAAUGGUUCAGCAACAAAUAAAACAUCCGGAGGUAGUUGCAGUCCAACUCAACAACAACAACAACAAUCAAUACAGGAUGUGGAUAAAUCAUCUAAGAAAAAACGUAAACGUUGUGGUAGCUGUCCCGGUUGUCUACGUAAAGAUAAUUGUGGUGAAUGUGGUCCAUGUAAAAGUGUACGAUCGCAUCAAAUAUGUAAGAUGCGUAAAUGUGAUCAAUUAAAAACGAAAAAAGAAAAGGGUGGAAAAUCGAAACAAAAUCAGAAUUCUGUUUCACCACGAUCAUCAAUGAAAAGGACAAAACCUGGAGGCGUUUAUCUUGGACCGGAACAAUAUCCGAAUAAUAAUAAUAAUAAUAAUGGCAAUCCAUCUCAACCAUAUCCUGGUGGUCAAUAUGAAACAAAUGGUUAUGGCCAUCCUCAUCAUCAACAAUAUCAACAACAACAACAGCAAUUACAAUCACCAUUAUCAAAUGGUAAUCAAACACCUCCACAAUCAUCAGUUUUGAAUGGUUCAAAUGAUAAUCCUCAACAACAACAUCAAGCACCUGUUGGUGAAAAUUCGAAUCGUCAUAAGAUAAUGAAUAAUCGCCUGAAAACAUUGAUACAGAAUCGUCAGAAUCAAAAAGAUCAAAAUAUUGUAUCACAACCACAGCCAUCAACACCAACAAUGGCUGGACAAUAUUCACAAUUUUCAAGUCAUCCUGGUUAUCCACCACCACCACCACCACCAAUGCCAAAUACGGCAGCUACAAUUGAUUCUCAUUGGAUUUCUCAAUCGAAUAGUCAACAACAGCAACCACCGCAAACAACAAAUCCACCGGAUAAAUCACCUAAACCACCUACUCCUGGACGAAAAACACCAGUAUAUUCGAUGCCAUCACCAGCAGCUGCAACAGCAUCUCCAAUUGAUUCAAAUGCCACUCAUUCCGUUGACAAUUCUAAUAAUGCAUAUAGUUCAUAUUAUGGAUCUGGUAAUGCUGCUUCUGCUACAAUUACUGCUCCGAUUACUUUACAAUCUACCGAUAAAUCUUUACCGGCAAAUACCUCAAUGCCUUAUAAUACUAAUGUAAAUAAUCAAGGCAAUUAUCCACCAAUAUCAAAUCACCAACAACAGCCGAAUGCUCUUCCACCCGGAUCAAACAUUAUAGAAUAUCCACCACCACCAUCAACCACUCAAUCGAUGAUGAAUGGAAUGGUUGGAAGCCCAUAUGGAAAAACAAAUCCACCGGUCCAAUCCGAUUUGGCUACAUUGCUCAAAUCAAAUACAACAACAGCAACUACUGUACCAUCAUAUCCUUCUACAUCUUUAUCAUCGAAUGAAACGACCACAUCUGCGGAUUCAUCAUCCACAAUACCAUCAACAACAACAUCAACGAAUAAUGUUGGUGAUCCUUUUUUAGUGAAUACGACCACAACUAUGAACCAUCACCUAUCAAAUUCGACAACAUCUAUGAAUACAUCUACAGAUAUUACCAAUUCAUAUAAUAAUAAUAAUAAUAAUCAAUAUGCAAUGCAAAUGAAUUCUCGACAACCACAAACACCAACAUCCACCAAUAAUUAUUCGACAACAACAACAAAUCAAUCGAAUUCACCAUUUUUUGUCAAUUCGAAUCUAUCUGUGAUGAGCAACAACAACAAUAAUAAUAAAAAUGAAACUUCAAUAACAUCAACAGGUGUGGAACAAGUGGUGAUAGCUUCAUCAACCAAUAUGGAUGUUGAUUAUCAACAUCAUCAUCAGCAUCAUUCUCAUCAACAUUCAAACGCUGGCAUAGCUUGUGGUCGUACAAAUAAUAAUCUAAUCGAUUCUACAAUGGAUCCUACAUCGUCAACACAAUCAUCGAUAUCACAACAUACAUCACCAUAUUAUUCAUCAUUAGAUUCACCUUAUCAAGAUUCAUUAUCCUAUGGUUCGGUUUCAUCGAAUGAAACAACAAGUUUAUCAACGACCGGUAAAUUAUUUGUUACAUCAACGGCGGCAUUACGAUCACCAGUAUCGGCUCAUUCACCUCAUCGUUUGACACCGGUUGGUGGUGGAUCACAAUCAUACGGUGGUUCACCAUCACCAAAUUCAUCAUCAACAUCGGGUAGUAAUCUAUUACCACCAGUAUCGACAUUUAUGUUUCCCAAUAAUAAUAAUCGCAAUGAAUUCGAUUGGUGGAAUCAAACGAACGGAAUGAAUCACCAUAUAUCAUCAUCAUCAUCACCAACGGGCAUGAUUCGUAAUGGUAUGAUUGGUGGUGGUCAUGGUGGUAAUGUUAAUUUCAAUAAUAUGACCACAACAAGUCCAUUAAUGACAGCUAAAUUGGUUACAUCAACAACGGCCUUAUGUGAUCCUGAUAUGGAUUUCUAUGGAUUAUUACCAAUUCCAAAUAGCAAUAAUAAUCCCAAUAAUAAUGAUUACAUAAUAACAACAACAACAUCAUCAUCAUCAACAACAACAGCAGCUUUGUAACAUUUAAAACAUUUUAUCUUCAUUUUAUUUUAUUUUGAUUUUGAUUGAAGUUUAAUUAGAAUUAAUUAAUUCAUCAACAUUUGUAACUGAAAUUAACACAUCUCUAUACAAUGGACGAAUGGAUGGGCCUUUAUCUUUUUUUUUUCUAGGAAAUUUUUAUCAUCAUUUUAAUAUGAAAAAAAAAUUGUGCCAAAAAAAAAAAAAACGCCGAAUCAUCAAUAGAAUUUGUUGCUCAAUUCUUUUUUUUUUUUUUUCAUUUCUCUCUCUUUUUCUCUCUCAAUUUUAAUUUCAAGAUCAUCAUUAAU